CCCCCCCCCCCCCCCUCUCUCCCCAUCUGCAGAAGCAAUAUUUAAUCAUCUUCGUAAUAUCAUAUUGAUUUUCUCUCUCUAACUGUGACUAAAGCAGCAGUUUCGUUUCACCAGUACAGUCUGCUAAACGAGUGAUUUUUGUGUAAUCGAGAAAUCAGCUGCUUCUCUUCUACAUUGAGGUCGAUGCGGGAGUGCUGAGUAAUUGCUCUGAUCCGUCUCUGUUGCAGUGAGGAUGACGGAGGUGAGGACGGCGACCGCGAGCUCGUGGCACGAUGAGCUGGCGAGUCUGCUCGACGACUCGGUGGCGCACGACCCGCUCGAGGUGAGGAAACCCGGGUACGUCUCACCGGGCGACGACUCGGUCGAGUCGGAGAGCGUGAAGGAGCAGGCGAAGGAGUUCGUGAAGGCUUGGGCAGAGAUGAUGCUCGACCUGGCGAAAGGGUUCAAGGACAUUGCGGAGCAGAGCUUGAUGACGGAUGACUCGUUCGUGGUGCAAAAGCUGGGGAAGCCAUGUGCAAAGGUCACGGGGAAAUUGAGUUUUCUGAAUGAGUACUUGCCCGAGGAUCGGGAUCCUGUUCACGCCUGGCCCGUGAUCUUGUUCGUCGUCAUCGUCGCUCUUGCAGCACUGGGCUUAAAUAGUGGAGAUGACAGAACCGCCGCACUUGUUAAGAAAGUUCAAGUACAUCCUCCUAGUGCUGCCCGCAUACAGCUUCCGGAUGGCAGACACAUUGCCUAUGAUCAACUAGGCAUUCCCGCUGAUAGAGCUAGACAUACCAUCAUAAUUCCGCAUCCACUGCUUUUCUCGAGACUCACAGGUAUUCCGAGAGUGGAAGCAGCAGUACUAGAAGAGUAUGGCGUUCGCUUGGUGACAUAUGAUCUUCCUGGUUUUGGAGAGAGUGAUCCUCAUCCUGGAAGAGACCUGAAUUCUUCAGCAUUCGAUAUGCUGCACCUGGCAGAUGCUGUAGGUGUUGGUGACAAGUUCUGGCUGCUAGGCUAUUCAAGUGCAUCAAUGCACGUAUGGGCAGCUCUCAAGUACAUUCCUCACAGGGUGGCUGGGGCAGCAUUUAUUGCGCCAAUGAUUAAUCCAUAUGAACCGAGCAUGAAUAAGGAAGAGAGGUAUGGAACUUGGGCCAACUGGAGUCGGAGAAGGAAACUCAUUUACUUCCUGGCUCGGAGGUUCCCAAACUUCCUCUCCAUCUUAUAUCGCCGGAAAUUUCUGUCUGGAGAGCACGGCCAUGUUGAUGAUUGGUUAUCCUUUUCCAUGGGGCAGAAGGAUGAAGCUUUGACCAACGAAGAAGUUUUCGAAGAAUUCUGGUAUAGGAAUGUAGAGGAAUCAAUCCGCCAGGGCGAUAUUGCUCCAUUCGUGGAGGAAUCUGUGCUACAGGUGUCGAACUGGGGUUUCAAGUUGGCUGAUCUCCAAGUGCAGAGGAAAUGCCACACUAAAGGAUUAGUUCCUUGGCUCAAGUCCAUCUACAGCCAAGCAGAGUGCGAAUUAACGGGAUUUCUUGGCCCGAUACAUGUUUGGCAGGGAAUGGACGAUGAGCUAGUCCCACCAUCGAUGACGGACUACAUCACUCGAGUUCUUCGACAAGCGACAGUCCAUAGGCUCUCAAACGAAGGCCAUUUCUCUUAUUUCUUCUUUUGUGCUGAAUGUCACAGGCAGAUUUUGUCCACUUUGUUUGGAGCUCCCCAAGGCCCGCUAGAGAUUCAAGUGGUAGAGGAUCCGAUCAAACCCAUAGACACAAUGCCAGAAUGAGAUGACUCCUUACCUACACAAGAACAGCUUUUCUUAGGUCGUCUCUUUAAGUGUAAAUACCACAGGUUGCUCCUUUUUUCUCAAUGGGGCAAAGAUCGAAUUUUGUGAUGGGAAAGGCUUCUUAUUGGAAGAGAUGAGGAAUGGCGUAGAUGCAGUCUUUUGUCACAUAGGCCAUCCAUUUAGACACCUAAACAUCUCGUUUCACCCGUUUGAGUUUCUGGUUAACACCAUUCAUGCUCGGAAUGAGCAUUAAAUUACCUUGGUUUUAAAUUUUAAGUCUGUCAACAUUAUCAAAGGAAGACACUAACAGAGAACGUUUUUCUCGCAUGAUGUGCUUCCUUUCC